AUGUAUAUUAUGUUUGCACACACUGAGCAGUUUGAAGAUGUCUGGGGAGCUGAAGAUGCAAUCACAGCUCAAGAUGGCUAUAACUUUGAUGUUGAGCUUGUUGUGAAGGGUGAUCUUGUUCAUAUGAUCAGUGUAGUUAUGCUAGUGGAGGUGGAGGAAGAUAUGGUGUUUCAAAUCGUCCUGAUUUCCGAGAAUCACAUGCUCAAAGCAAGAGAUGAUUAUUUUGCAGAAGGUUUUCAUGAUGGUGAUGGAGCAACUAGUGUUGUUGACGACACUAAUGAUGAGGACAUGAAAAAUGAUAUUCGACAACUCGAUGAUACUGAAUUUCGGAAUCCUUUUACAAGAGGAAGAGUUAUGAGGGCAGUCCUUGUGGGGGUCAGAGCUAGAGUAGAAGUCGCAGCAGAAUUACCUUUAUGCAGCAAGUCUCUACCAAAAUCUGUGUACAAAUCUAGAUCUGCAUCAAGAUCUAGACCAGUAUCUCCUGUUUGCUUAUCCAGUGGAUAUAUGGGUAAGGCUGAGUGCAUGCGAGGAUGA